GAAACUGCAUAUAAAUCAGGUGCCAGUCAAUGCCACAGCAUUGUGCUAUCCGGGGGAAGAUUGGGUGAGAUCGCCAGGACGUUUUCUGCAGCCUGACGGCAGGUUGGGAUCAGUCAGGCUGGGAGCCCUGAGCUCCCUGUCCGUGCGAUACAAAACAUGACUUUCCAGGCAGCACGGUCCAGCUCAGUGAAAACAAACGUUUUCCUCUCGGGCCUGUUCCUGAUCACCCUGUUAAAUUGCGCUGGGCUGGUUUAUCUCUUUGUGCAGUGCAAUGGCCUGAGGACGCAGCAGACAGCUAUGGCCAGCCGCCUGGAGGAACUGACAGACAGUUGGCCCAUGGAGUUCAUCUCUCGCCUGAGCCAAGAGGACCCUGGCUGGACCGAGCAGAGGAACCGCAAUAAGAGAAGCCACCAGCAGCCGAAGAGCCAUGCGGAGACCGAGGAUAGCAUUAUGAUGAUGACUUAUUCAAGGAUCCCGAUUCAAAUUUUCAUGGAUUUGUGCAACAGCACAAGAGGAAUUUGCUUAACAGGCCCACCAGGACCCGCUGGACCACCAGGCCGUCCAGGUUUAGAUGGAGUGCCAGGAGUUAACGGCUCAGAUGGACCUGUUGGGCUUCCGGGACCACCUGGAAAGGAAGGCAAACGAGCUCGGAAAGCUGCCCCUGGACCAAAAGGGGAACCUGGAGAUGUGGGACCCAAAGGUGAGAAAGGUGAUCUUGGCACUCCUGGUUCAGAUGGGUUACCAGGUGCCAAGGGUGAGCGUGGACUGAAAGGUGAAAGAGGAGAGCCUUACAACGAGAUCAUUUUAGAAGGUCAGAGAGGUCCCCCCGGACCCCCAGGGCCAGCAGGACCUCCAGGUGCCCCAGGUCCUGUAGGACCGCCUGGCCCACCAGGUUCCAAAGGAAAAUCUCGGCAUCAGCAAAACACAGUCAGUCACGAUGAAGCUCACGCUGCAUCAAAUGAUGACACUUUAAUCAGAAGGAUGUCAGCACAAAAAGCAAUGAACACCUUUCCGAUGAAAUAUGGACGAAUCAUAAAAUCUGUGGAUGCCCCUUACAAUGUGACAAGGAUUGAAAACACGUUUGGAGCAUGGAUGAAGGACCCUGCAGCGAAGAACAAUGAACGAAUUUGGGUCGUUGAGCACUUUUCUGGAUUGACAGUUAAAGAAUAUGAAAAUUUAGAGGCACUCAGAAUUGGGAGCAACUUCAAGACAAUAACAUUGGCACGUUAUUUUCAUGGUUGUGGACAUGCAGUGUAUAACGGCUCAAUUUUUUACCACAAAGGAGGAUCUGAUCAAAUUAUAAGAUUUCCACUUGGUGGUAAACAGGCCCAGCACAUGAAAGUAGAAAAUGCUUUGCACAACAAUCGCAAUUAUCUCUUCCAAAAUGCGAAGACAUAUUUUGACUUGACAGCUGAUAAAGAUGGACUUUGGGUAAUCUAUGCUUCGAGUCACGAUGAAAACAUUGUUGUUGGUCAAAUUGAAAUCAAUGAAGAUUCAUUCUUGAUUGUCCAAAAUAUCAAUACUACAUAUCCCAAGUCAAAAGCUGGCAAUGCAUUCAUAGCACGUGGUAUUCUCUACCUCACAGAUACGAAGGACUCCAAAAUAAUUUUUGCACUUGAUUUGCUGAAAGAUAAACCACUUGAUGUAAGUUUUGAUUUAAGAUCAUCCAAUGAUACGCUUACAAUGGUCUCCUUUGAUCCAUAUGACCACACUUUAUACACAUGGGAAAAUGGCUAUUUAAAGAAAUAUGGCCUUCAUUUCUUAUUAGCUGAAUAAUUGCAAAUUACCUUACAACGGAGAGCACUUAUUCAUGAAUAUGUAACUGAUAGUGACUAAUCUUUAAUAUGCUCUCAAGUUGAAAAGAUUUUUGCUAAAUGCAAAAUGAGUUUUUUUUACUAUUGUUUCUGCAGAACAUAUCUAACAUCAUGAAUUGUACAUGCAACUUCAUUGCUCUGUAUUAUAUUUUAAAGCAUUUUAUAAACAUUUGUUCUUUCAAUUUGGAUUUAAAGGGUAAAGGUAAAGUCAUCAUCGUCCUACAGGACACAGGUCUCCUCUCUCCUAAGAGAGAGAUGACUCAUGGAAGUUUAACCUGAAUCAUUAUGCUUGAAUCAAGGGUACAAGUUGAGAAGGAGAGUCUUUCACAAUAUCCUCAGCCAGUGUAGGAGCUGAACCCAUAAUGUUGUUGACUCAUUGCAUUACAAGCUAGCAUCCAGUCAACCAGUUAACCAACUCCCUGUCACCAGGGGCUUAGAGAUUGACUCAAUGUCAAAUCAGCUUUACUCAUUUUCUCAACAUCCAAAUAUGUACAAGUUAUAUUUAUACUGUAGCUUUAGUGUAAAUAUAUAGCUUCCAUGUAGAAGUUACACAGAAGUUAUACAGCAACUCUGAGUUCAGGUCCUGGCCCUUUGCUGCAUCCCAUCCCACCUUGUGAAUGUGGGCUCACUUCCUGUGGUGAAUAAUUGCAGUGCAUUCUUGAAUCUCGUUUGUAAACUGGAGAAGGGGAUUCUUUGACCACUUCUACAUUUUUCAAAUUUCACAGACUUCAAAAUGAAUUGCACAGAGUACAGAUACACUCACCCACACUUUUAAGACUGGUAGCCACAUUAUGCUUGGGCUUAUUUACAAAAACCAAACAUUCCAGCCACAUCUAAAGACCUUUACUUGUACGGUAUUUGUUCAAAUAAAAUUUGAUGCACAUUGCAUACAAUGUGCAUAAAAGAUGCACAUCUACAGUAACAAUUCAGUUGCAUGCACUGUACAAACUAUUGUUCAAGUUUUGGUAAGACUUGAAACAUUGAGAAACAUUAUUCAAGUUUUAAUAUUGAAUAAUUAAGCAGAUAGCAUUGUGCAGUAUAUUGUGAAAUCAAUGAAUCUCUGAAAAGACAGACAUGACUCAAGUUUUCUGUCUUGCGCUUACCAGGAAAAACAUAAGAAUGUCAAAUCUCAAGUGGUCACAAUUUACACCACAGGAGAAAAGGCAACUGAUUGGUUGGCAAGUUGACUCUGACUGUCCAAGGCAUUUGGAGAAAGUAAUUUGAGAACUAAAAGCUGUCACACUCUGGUCUGAGAAGUGUCCUGCUACCUCCAAUUACCCUGGGAAGGCAGAAUACUUCAAAAAUUUGAGAACCAGGUUAAGGAAGCUAUUUCAUGCUGCUAUUAUUUCGUGGGUAAACAAGUAAUUAAAUCACAUGACAGACAACAAGAAAGAAAACAGUACAGAAUUUGUAGUUCUGUAUAUGUUUUAAUUAAGAUUCUAUCCCCCAACAGGCUCUUGAUGCACAUUCGAUCUAGUGCUAUCACCCUUGUUCACUUGGCAUCUUACAAAGACCACGUAACUAUGCUUGUCAUUUAAAUUCCUUCUUAUUGCAUCAUCUGUAGGAUCACCUUUAUGUGCCUGUGCCAUUGGCCAUUACAUUAUAUUCCAUUCCCCCAAAAGGAUACUGCUAUCAGUCCAAAAAGACAUCCUAUUUAAACAAUUCAGCAACAUUGUGUCUGAACUUCAGCGCCUGUGUGAUGCCAGGUAAUUCAGCUUUACAUCCAAGCAAUCAAGUAAUGACUUCAGUUGUUCGUAACAGGCAGACUACACACCAUGCAAAACUAAUCCACACCUGCAAAACCCAAUAUUUGUACAAUUGAAUGUGAUUGUGCAAUUGGAUAGCACUGCUGAACAAUCCUGCCUGCUAAUAGUUACUGUAACCAUCACUUUAAGAUAAUCAAUUGAGCUAGUAUUGGAGAUAAUGGGAACUGCAGAUGCUGGAGAAUUCCAAGAUAAUAAAAUGUGAGGCUGGAUGAACACAGCAGGCCAAGCAGCAUCUCAGGAGCACAAAAGCUGACGUUUCGGGCCUAGACCCUUCAUCAGAGAGGAGCUAGUAUUGGAGAUCACUUUUGCUUGCUAGAAAUGAUGUAAAUUCAAAUACAGGAAUCCAUUCUCUGCAAACAAAGAAUAUGUUUAAAUUUUUGAAUUUAAGGAGCAUGGUCAGCCUACAGUUUGCAACUUCAUUCUCCAUGAUAAUGUGUCAGCCAAUCAGGAAGUUUGGCUUGCUAACCAAUCAACAUUAUUUUCUGAGUGCAAACUGUUGUUUGAAAUUUGGUAUUCUUGGAAUUGUUCUGAUGUGUGAGACACAAAAAAAAACCGCAAAAAUGUCAUUUUUCAAGAAAAUUCAAUCAACAUUGAGGCACUUAAAUGUUCAAUAUACUUAUUUAAUAGAUAUCUUUCUCUUAAAGGAUAAAGAGCUUCAUUAACGACAUGCGAUAGAUAGAAUCUGCAUUACAGUGGUUAGUAAAUGUAAGUUAUAGUAACUGAACUUUUAAUUGCAUAACAUACCAGGUGCAAGGUGUUGUUUAUUUAGUGGGAAUGGAAUUUUGGUUGUUCUAUAUUUAUAUAAAGAACUUCAAAUGCCUGUGAAAUGGCAAUAAAAUUAAUAUAUGCAAACAUGAUAA